CUUGGGAAAUAGAAAUAGAAAACAGGAACACAGAGAGUCUUCAUGGUGUAUGAUUACAGAGAGAGUACAGUCUGUGUGGUCACAUGGGCUCUCUCUGGACUUACAUAGCUACGAUCAUCUCUUCUGACUUUUUUCCCUAUAGAGAAUAGAUCUUGCCUUCAGAAUCUCUACGAAUACUAAUCAGCUUUUCAUGGCCUUUCUGCAGUUCACAUCCAGGUGUCCGACCACAUUAUUACACAAUGAAACAAUUGUCACAUCUGCUUAGGAUAGGGAGAAGAGACAAGAGAAGUACAUAAUUGUUCUGAUGGCAUUGGAAGCAGUGGUUUAUAAUUACCCACAACAAGAGCAAGUUAGUUGCGGUUGCAGAGACUUCUACUCCUUGGGAGAAGAACCUUUGGUUCAUGCAUUUGGUACAAGAGAUGAUGAUCAAACCCUUUUUGGUGUUCUUCAGAACAACUUAGAUAACCGAGGCAUCAAUGCAAACUGGGACUCAUCAUCUCCUUCACUGAUGAAUCAUGCAAAAGAUCAAUGGGACACAAAUUAUUCCUCCUCCCCUGAUGCCAGCGCAGUUGAUCAACUUCUACCUGAAGUGUUACCCACAAUCACAAUGGAACCACCACCGGUGCAAGCAGGUCGCCGGAAACGAAGGCGAACGAAGAGCACUAAGAACAAAGAAGAAAUAGAGAACCAGCGGAUGACUCACAUAGCCGUGGAGCGCAACCGCCGCAAACAGAUGAAUGAUUACCUUGCCGUGCUCCGAUCUUUGAUGCCAUCUUCGUAUGUUCAGAGGGGUGACCAAGCAUCGAUAAUUGGGGGUGCUAUUAAUUUUGUGAAGGAGCUAGAGCAGUUGUUGCAGUCAAUGGAGGCUCACAAAAGGACUAAGCAGCACCCAGAAGUACCCAACUGCUUCAGUGCUUCACCAUUUGCUGAGUUCUUCUCCUUCCCACAGUACUCAACCCGCACGCCCCAGUCGCCGGACGAGGCAAUGGCUGCUGAUCAUCAGAGCCUAUCUGUAGCAGACAUAGAAGUGACCAUGGUGGAGAGCCAUGCAAACCUUAAAAUACUCUCAAAGAAAAGACCCCGACAGCUCUUGAAGCUGGUUGUUGGGUUACAAGGUCUUAGGCUCAGUAUUAUGCACCUCAAUGUCACAAGUGUUGAUCAGUUGGUUCUUUAUUCAGUUAGUGUAAAGGUUGAAGAAGGGUGUGAGUUAAAUACAGUGGAUGAGAUUGCAGCUGCUGUUAACCAAAUGCUGCACAGGAUAGAGGAGGAAACUGCAGCUUUCAGCUGAUCCUGAAAUAAUUUCUUAUCAACUAGGGUUGUCAAUAAUCAAUCUUUCUUUUCUUUUCAUCAUUUUUCUUUUUCCUCCUUUUGUGAACAUUGUGUGCAACCGUUUCCCAUUGUAAGAGAUGUAUGUUGCCACUUUCUAUGUUUGAGUAUAAUCAAAUCUCUUUGUGUUAAAUUAAGA